AUGGAUGCGGCAAAGGAGAAGGCUGCUACAUUCUUCAAGAAUGUAGCUGCCGAUUGGACGAAAGAGACUGGCAAAGAGCACAGAACUCUUCGUCGAGUGCUUAGGAGAGGUAUUGCUGCACGGCAGAAAUACCUUGAGGAUCUUGGUACUGGCGAGCAAGACGGCCGAACGGAACGGGAGUUAUACGAGGACAACUGGAUAGCUGUCCUCAAUGCUGAUGCCACUGUUAUCCGCUAG